CUUGUGUGAUCUCAUGCACAUCUUUCAGACUGCCAUCAGCUCCACGAAAAUCGAACAUACAGCUCUACAGCUUAGCUCAAGGGAAAUAACUCCAAACCAAUGAGGUGACUUCAAUACAAUGAUUAUGAAAGCAAGACUUGCUCACCCAGUGUUUGGAUUGGUGAUAUGGAUUCUCUUUGUCAUCACGGCUCUUUUCUUAAUAUUGCUGUCGAUCUUGAUAAAAGAAAAAAUCGACUGCUUAAAAGAAGAAGAACAUAUCCCUCCUCCCGUACCACUUGUUAAGAAAAUUGAGGAUUUACCAGUCAUUGUGACGGCUGCCCAUGCACAAAAUUUCGACCAGUCGAUGGCUAUGCUGCAAACGGUGUUACGGAAUUUGAAACAGCAGCAUCCGAGCUUGCAUGUAAUAUUCUAUGAUAUUGGCUUGACAGAUACUCAGAAUGAUACAUUGUAUAAUUUGUCAAAUGACACCGCUUUUGAAGUUCGCCGGUUUCCAUUUUCCGAAUAUCCGGCUCAUUUCCAGAGGAUUGAUUCUGGCGCCCUAAAGCCGAUACUGGUCCAGCUAGUCCUCGGUGACUAUGACUUUGUUAUGUGGGUUGGGUCUUCCCUCCGAUUCCAUACUGAUGGUAAUUUGAACAUUCUUUUCGAUUUUGCGCGAUCUGCUAAAAGCGGAAUCAUUGUUCUGGACGGAUUAGAACUUCUCAAGUCAAAAGCAACAAGGGACCUCGUCAGGCUAAGUGUCCGGGAUGAGCCUAUUUUUUACGAAUAUUCCCGAGAAUUAAAUACUAAUUGGCUCCUCGUCAACAGACGAACUGACGUCAUGGAGACAGUCAUAAUCCCCUGGAUAAAAUGCGCUGUCAAGCGGAAGUGUUUUUUCUCACAACAGACGGUUUAUGCGCAUCCGUGUGGGGUUUCUAAUGAAAUCGGAAGCAAAUGGUCUCAAAGGAAUGUGACAAGACGUCUUGAAGACGGAGCAAAUGGAUGUGACAUCGACCGGUCUGUUCUUUCUGUGAUCUUGUAUAAACUUCACGAAGGCUGCAGAUUUGCAUAUAUGUUUACGAAAAAAAUGAUUAAUUAUGACAUAACCAUUUGCUCCUAAAUAUGAUUUGUUGAC